AUGAUGAACAAAAAGUCCUUCCUCCAAAUGGAGGCGCCGGCCAACUACGUCGCAGGUCUCGGCCGUGGUGCUACCGGCUUCACCACUCGUAGCGACAUCGGUCCGGCACGCGAAGGUCCCUCCGAAGAAGCCAUCAAAGCAGUUCUUGCAAAGCGCGCUCAAGCGCUAGGACAGGACGCUACAUCUACGUUCUCGAAGGACAAGAAAGAUGACGAUGACGAUAAUGAUACGGAACGAUACCAGGAUCCUGAGAAUGAAGUCGGAUUGUUCGCUGGCGGUACAUACGAUGAAGAUGACGAUGAGGCGGAUAGGAUAUAUGCGUCUGUAGACGCCAAAAUGGAUAAACGACGGAAGAUUCAAAGGGAAGCCCGCGAAAUCGCCGAACGAGAUGAAUACGAACGUAAAAACCCAAAGAUCCAACAGCAAUUCGCAGACCUAAAACGUGGAUUGGAAACCGUAUCGGAUGAAGACUGGGCAAGUCUUCCCGAGGUUGGGGAUCUUACAGGUCGAAACCGAAGAGCAAAGCAAAACCAGAUCAAACGGUUCUAUGCCGUUCCGGAUUCCGUACUAGCGGGCGCACGAGAUCAAGGUGCAAUGGACACUACAGUUCAAGAAGACAAUGCAGACGGGACGAUGACCAACUUUGCAUCCAUCGGUGCAGCCCAAAAGAAAGUCUUUGGCUCGAGAUUAGACCAAGUCGCCGCUUCAAGUAACGACUCAGCAGGAGGAUCUACAAAUGUUGACCCGAAGGGUUAUCUUACCAGCUUAAACAACAGCGUCAUCCAAUCAAUCACAGAGCAGGAAGUCGGCGACAUAAAGCGUGUACGGUCCCUCCUCGACAGUGUCGUCAAAACCAAUCCAAAGCACGCACCAGGCUGGAUCGCAGCAGCAAGAGUUGAAGAAUACGGUAACAGAAUCGUACAGGCAAGGUCCAUAAUAGCCAAGGGAUGCGAGCACUGCCCGACAAGCGAAGAUGUCUGGUUAGAAGCCAUCCGCCUAAACGAGUCUCAAAACGCCAAAAUCAUCGCCGCAACGGCGGUCAAAAAUCUUCCGAAAUCAGUCAGACUGUGGAUCGAAGCUGCACGACUGGAAUCAGACCCCCGUGCUAAAAAAAGGGUUAUAAGAAAGGGCCUCGAUGUUAUUCCACAAUCUGUCCAGCUAUGGAAGGAAGCCGUGAAUCUGGAAGACGACCCAAGUGACGCUAAGAUUCUACUCGCACGUGCAGUGGAGUUGAUACCCAUGUCCGUGGAGCUCUGGCUCGCCCUCGCCCGUCUAGAAAGCUACGCAAACGCCCAAGCAGUCCUCAACAAAGCCCGUAAAGCCGUACCAUCGUCUCACGAAAUUUGGCUUGCAGCCGCAAGACUGCAGGAACAAGAAGGAAAGGGCGAUGGAAUAGUCUCACAAGUCAUGAAACGUGCUAUCAAACAGCUUUCGGAUGUUUCUGCUAUGUUGAAGCGCGAAGAAUGGAUUGCUGAAGCGGAGAAGUGCGAAGAGGAAGGUGCGAUCUUAACCUGUCAGGCUAUCAUUCGAGAAACUCUUGGGUGGGAACUCGACGAGGACGAUGAUAGAAAGAAAACCUGGAUGGAAGACGCACAAAACUCCAUCGGACGCGGAAGAUAUGAAACUGCCCGGGCAAUCUAUGCCUAUGCCCUUCGAGUAUUCUAUAAUAAGAAGUCUAUAUGGCGGGCAGCUGCAGAUCUUGAAAAGAAUCAUGGUACCAAAGAAGCUUUAUGGGCUCUCCUCGAGAAAGCCACAGAGUCUUGCCCAACCUCUGAGGUUCUAUGGAUGAUGCUCGCCAAGGAGAAAUGGCAGUCAAAGGACGUAGACGGUGCUCGCCGAGUUCUUGGUUUAGCCUUCAAACAAAACCCUAAUAACGAAGACAUUUGGUUGGCAGCCGUUAAACUUGAGGCGGAGAAUAAGCAAUUUGAUGCCGCUAGGUCGCUGUUGAAGACUGCUAGGAACGAAGCAGGUACUGCUAGAGUGUGGAUAAAGUCGGUUGCGUAUGAGCGGCAGCUAGGGGAUAUCGAUGCCGCAUUGGAACUUGUAAACGAGGGAUUGGAGAAAUACCCAAAGAUAGACAAGUUAUGGAUGAUGAAGGGACAAAUCUACCAAGGAGAGAGUAAACUACCGCAGGCGAGGGAGGCUUAUGCCAGCGGUACCAAGGCUUGUCCAUUUUCGGUUCCACUUUGGAUACUAGCUUCAAGGCUAGAGGAGGCCGCCGGCAUAGUUAUCAAAGCGAGAUCGAUAUUGGAUAGAGCAAGACUAGCGGUUCCGAAGAACCCGCAGCUGUGGUGCGAGUCCGUCCGAGUGGAACGUAGGUCAGGGAACAUCCAGCAAGCAAAGACAUUGAUGGCAAAUGCACUUCAACAAUGUCCCAGCUCCGGAUUACUAUGGACGGAGUUGAUUAUGCACCUCGAAGGUAGAUCGCAGAGGAAAUCUAGAAUGGUGGAAGCCAUCCGAAAAGCAGAGAGUGACCCGGUACUCAUCGUCACCAUCGCAAGAAAUUUCUGGGCGGAAAGAAAGUUGGAUAAAGCUGCUGCAUGGUUCGAGAAAGCCAUUGUGGCGGACGCAGAUCAGGGAGAUACAUGGGCGUGGUAUUGGAAGUACCUAUUAGAACAGGGAACAGAGACGAAACGAGCAGAUGUGCUAUCGAAAUUAUCGGUUACGGAACCAAGACACGGUGAAAUAUGGCAGACUAUCGCGAAGGCGCCACAGAAUGCAACGAAGACACCGGAGGAGAUAUUAUACAUGGUAGUUGAGAAGUUGGAGUAG